GGGCAGCGCGGCGGGCUGGUCCCGGGCGCGCCGAGCCGAGUCCUCCCUUCCCUUCCUCCUCUUCCUCUCGGCUGUGGAAGGGGCCGGGGCCGGGGCCGGGCCCGGCCGGCGAGGAGCACCCCAUCAGGGCCGGCCGCUGUCUCGACGGUGGGGCCCGGCGGGGCCAUCCCUGCAGAGCCCCCGACCCGCCCGGUGCUGUGCGCUCCCACGCGCCGGGCAGCCGCCAGGCCUGAGGGGCGGCCCCGGGCGCGCCGUGUCCGGGUGUCCCCGUCCGGCCCUGGGGCUGCUGUUAACUGCGCUGCUCCGCGUGAUACCUUCUACUUUAUUGUAAAAAAAAAAAAACAACCACAACCUUUCCAAUAACAAAAGACCUACAUUGAUCAAAAAUUAAUAUCCGAGACUUAAUUAAUACGCAGUAGCUGUAUUGAACAGUAUUCACAACUGUUACCUGCGUAUUCUCAGAAACGCAUGAAGUUAGAUCAAAAUAAAUAGACUUUUCCUUUGCAUUAGUCAAUGAAACAUUUUCUUCCUCCAUCCAGAUUAGUUCUUUUGGAGAUUAAACGCUUGGAGAGCAAAAUGACGUCGAUUAUCAAGUUGACUACGCUUUCAGGGGUGCAGGAGGAAUCUGCCCUUUGCUAUCUCUUGCAAGUAGAUGAAUUUCGUUUUCUUUUGGACUGUGGCUGGGAUGAAAACUUUUCUAUGGAUAUUAUUGAUUCCCUGAGGAAACAUGUACACCAGGUUGAUGCUGUUCUUCUUUCUCACCCUGACCCUCUACACCUUGGUGCUCUUCCAUAUGCAGUUGGAAAAAUGGGGUUGAAUUGUGCCAUUUAUGCAACUAUUCCUGUGUAUAAAAUGGGACAGAUGUUUAUGUAUGAUCUCUACCAGUCCCGCCAUAAUACUGAAGAUUUCACACUCUUUACAUUGGAUGAUGUAGAUGCAGCCUUUGAUAAGAUACAACAGCUGAAGUUUUCUCAGAUUGUGAACUUAAAAGGCAAAGGACACGGUUUGUCAAUCACACCAUUGCCAGCUGGCCACAUGAUAGGAGGCACAAUUUGGAAGAUUGUCAAGGAUGGAGAGGAAGAAAUUGUUUAUGCAGUUGAUUUCAACCACAAGAGGGAGAUCCAUCUGAAUGGAUGUUCCUUGGAAAUGUUGAGCAGGCCUUCAUUGCUUAUUACAGACUCAUUUAAUGCUACUUAUGUACAACCCAGGAGGAAGCAAAGGGAUGAACAGCUACUGACUAAUGUUUUGGAGACAUUACGAGGUGAUGGAAACGUAUUAAUAGCCGUGGAUACAGCAGGCAGAGUUCUGGAACUUGCUCAACUUCUUGAUCAGAUCUGGAGAACGAAAGACGCAGGAUUAGGAGUCUACUCUCUAGCACUUUUGAAUAACGUCAGCUACAAUGUAGUGGAGUUCUCUAAAUCACAGGUUGAAUGGAUGAGUGACAAGUUGAUGAGGUGCUUUGAAGACAAGAGAAACAAUCCUUUUCAGUUCCGCCAUCUCUCCUUAUGUCACAGUCUGUCUGAUCUGGCUCGAGUGUCUAGUCCAAAAGUUGUUCUUGCCAGUCAGCCUGACUUAGAGUGUGGUUUUUCUAGAGAUCUUUUCAUUCAGUGGUGCCAGGAUUCUAAAAACUCUAUAAUUUUAACUUAUCGCACUACGCCUGGAACAUUAGCACGAUUCCUGAUUGAUAAUCCUUCUGAAAAAGUUAUAGAUAUUGAGUUGAGAAAACGUGUCAAGUUGGAAGGAAAAGAACUUGAAGAAUACCUAGAAAAGGAGAAACUAAAGAAAGAAGCAGCUAAGAAGCUAGAGCAGUCUAAAGAGGCAGAUAUUGAUUCUAGUGAUGAGAGCGAUGCUGAAGAGGAUAUUGAUCAGCCAACCGUACAUAAGACCAAACAUGAUUUGAUGAUGAAAGGUGAAGGUAGUCGGAAAGGAAGCUUCUUCAAACAGGCAAAGAAAUCUUAUCCAAUGUUUCCAGCCCCUGAAGAAAGAAUUAAAUGGGAUGAAUAUGGCGAGAUUAUCAAACCUGAGGAUUUUCUAGUUCCAGAACUUCAAGCAACAGAAGAAGAAAAAAGCAAAUUAGAAUCUGGUUUGACAAAUGGAGAAGAGCCUAUGGACCAGGAUUUAUCAGAUGUUCCUACCAAAUGUAUUUCUGCAUCAGAAUCCAUGGAAAUUAAAGCCAGGGUUACGUACAUUGACUAUGAAGGACGCUCAGAUGGGGACUCAAUUAAAAAAAUAAUUAACCAAAUGAAACCAAGACAACUGAUCAUUGUCCAUGGACCACCUGAGGCCAGUCAGGACCUUGCAGAAUGUUGCAGAGCUUUUGGUGGAAAAGAUAUUAAAGUUUACGUGCCGAAACUGCAUGAAACUGUAGAUGCAACCAGCGAAACUCACAUUUACCAGGUCAGGUUAAAAGAUUCUCUUGUCAGCUCCCUUCAGUUCUGUAAAGCCAAGGAUGCUGAGUUGGCUUGGAUAGAUGGUGUUCUGGACAUGCGAGUUUCCAAAGUGGAUACUGGAGUUAUUUUGGAAGAGGGAGAGCUGAGGGAAGAUGAAGACUUAGAAAUGCAAGUGGAUAUGCCUUCUUCAGACUCUAGUGUCAUUGCACAACAGAAGGCCAUGAAAAGCCUCUUUGGUGAUGAUGACAAGGAGAUGUGUGAGGAGACCGAGAUCAUUCCUACUCUGGAACCUCUGCCGCCUCAUGAGGUUCUUGGACAUCAGUCUGUGUUUAUGAAUGAGCCGAGACUGUCUGACUUCAAGCAAGUUCUCCUGCGAGAAGGUAUACAGGCUGAAUUUGUAGGAGGAGUGCUUGUGUGCAACAACCUGGUGGCUGUUCGCAGGACUGAAACAGGGCGCAUUGGAUUGGAAGGCUGCCUCUGUCAAGACUUCUAUAGGAUAAGAGACCUUUUGUAUGAGCAAUACGCUAUUGUCUAAGGGAAGUGCUGCAAAGAUGUUUUUACUUGAACUUUUAAAAAGACUAUGGAGACUUCUCCCAAUUUUGACUUUUUGUAGUUUUCUAAUUUAUACAGGGGAAACCUAAUGCAUAAAGAAUAAUUAACUACCCUGAACAUGUAAAUAACUGCUGCUGUUGUUCUUCAUAAAUCUGUUGGUACAUUCCAUGUAGUUGACUUUCAAACUGUUACGACUUGCUGUCUCCCACAUAACAUUAUAAAUCAGUUUAUGACUACGAACCCUUCUCAGGAAAGGUUAAAUUUGUCAGGACAUGUUUUGAUUUCAUAGAUUCCCUGCCAAAGAGCACAAAAUAUAUAAAAGUCAUUCUUCUGUUCUAAAAUAAGAUUAGAUAGGGAACUGUGGGUUUCUUUUGGUUUUGUUCCUUUUGGGUUUUGUGUGGUGGUUUAUUGUUUUGGUUUUUUUAAAUAACUUCCAUUUAGGUGACAGUCUUGAGUCUGUCUCUUUUUCUUUCUUUUUUUUUUUUUCUGGAGGUUAGUUAAAGUACAUUUUUAAUAGCCCACUUAAAGCUAGACUACCUAAACUUUCCCCCAGCGUUAAUCUGGCUGCGUCUUAAUGUUGUGUCUGCUCCAUCUGACUGAUUUGUUCCAGAACAGCAUUUCAUAUUCUAUAUAAAAUAUUAGUCGGCAGGAUCAAAAAAUUGCUCUGGAAAGGUACUCUAAGAAGGCUGGAUAAUAUUGUCGGGCAGUUUAAAAUCCAGUAAUUGUGUGCUUCAGAGUAACUUCUGUACAAAUUUACAGAAUUUGUAACCUCUGGCUUUUGCAAAAUUAUGCUAACUAUAAAAUCUCUGAAUUCUGUUUUUAAGGCUUCAGACUUUGAAAGUAUUAUCCAUGCACUGCUGUUUGUUCAGAGUGCUAUGAGCCAAGUUCAAGAAGAUCCUUUAUCUUGAAAUCUGAGUUCAUGUGAUGUAUUCUAAUGCUUUUGUGCCACGUUUCCUUCUAGUUGCAUGUUUUGUGCCAUUUUUCAUUCUAGUUGACAGUGGGUCUUACUGUAGCUGCUGAUACUAAGAAUUAACCUUACUUUUUAGGUGAAGACGAGCACAGUUUUGGGCGUCUUAAUUUCUCAGAAAUGAAUUUAUGCAAACAAAUGGCCUCUUGAGAGUUUCUUUAAUCCCUUUUUUUCCCCUUUUCACAUGUGAACCACCAGCUUUGGCAGUGGAGGGUUGCUUGCUUGGUUUUGCAUACAACAGCAAUGUAAUAUGUGCUCUCUGCGUGUAUGUUUAAAUAAAACCUUUUUCAAAAGUGUCAAAAAAUAGCCCUGUGGGCUAUCAAUGGAAGGAUAAUUUACUUUGCAAUUCAUUCUUGACAAAUAGCUUUCUAUCUGAUCUACAGACUAUUCUGUUUAAAAUAGUAACUUAGACCUGAACUGCAUGUAAAAAAGAAAAAGCCCAAAAAAUAAAAACCCAAAACACCUGCUAGAACGAUGUACUAAAAAUGUAAAAAAACCUGAAAAUUUAAUGCUGAGUAAGAAUGUAUUUUGUUACACAAAGAAAAUCUUGGCUAGGAAUGACUGAAUAGCUCAACGCUGUUGGUUUGAUUUUGGUUUUUUUUUUCUUUUUAAACAGUGUAGAAAAAUGUUUAUUUUCCAUUGCGUUGAUAGUGAGAACUUCAUAGAAAUGCCCUGGUUUUGUAGCUGUUUGGUAGGAAUGCUAUGUAAAUCUAUAUGAUACUGGAUGCUUGUUAGUGAAUACUAUUGUAUUACUGUUGUUGCUGAUACUAAUGAACUUUUAUAAAGUGAGUUACUUUGUACAUAAUCAUAUUGACCUUAGGACUUCUAACUUGAGGGCUUAGGGUGGGCAGAAAUCACACAUGCCUGCGGGGAAUAUACUAAUAAAGAAAAAAAAAACAACGUAGGAAAUCAAACUAAAAAUAGUGCUGUUUUUAAGAAAGGGGUAAAGACAAGACAGUGAGACUGUAAACCUUUCUAUCAGUUUUGUUUCUUUUUUACCCUAUUGAUUCAAAUUCAGUUAAGUGACAAAAGUUUGGUGUUGUCAGUCACUAAAUUCCUGUGUGUUCUGGUAAAGAGGAGAACCCUGAAUAGUGCCAUCACUAAGGAAAAGGCUCAAGUAUGAGCGAAACAGCUAAUUGUGGGGUUUUUUUGUUGUUUUUUUUUUUUCAGUCUAUCCAGCAUGAGUGUGGCUUUAAAUGAGACCUGGAAGGCUGGUAGGUGAGGCAAUAGUAGUCACCUGAGUGCUGGGAUGGGGGAAAGCUGGGUUUGUGGGCAGUGCUGGUGGUGAGAGGGCUGAAGGGGAACACGGGACCCCAGGCUGCCGCUGCACUGUGGGGCAGGCGGGCUCCUCCACUCUACGUUCAUUACUGGUAAGCAGGGUGGAACUGAAGCAAGUUCCCAUGAAUUUUGCCCAGUCUGCUAUCAGUUCUCUGAUAGAUUAUCAUUGUUCUUUUUUUUUUUUUUUCCUUAACUGUGAUUUGCUUUAAACAAUAAUUGAACUUUAAGUUAAUAAUCUAGUUCUUGUUUGUAUCGGAAAUGAAAGAUGCGUUUCCUCUUCCCUCCGCAAAAUGCCAGUGCUGGCACGGACUGUAAGCUGUAUAUUCUGACUUUGGCGUUUUCUUCAUUAGCAGUAGAAAUUUGGUAAGGAGUACCAUUUCUUACUCUUUGCUCUGUUGCUCUCGAGGGCAAGAAUACUGACUUACUAACUUCAAGUGAAACCUAGUUUUGGUACUUACUGACCUUUUAAAAAUAUUUCCUUCCAAGGGUCUUAGGUAAUUCAGCUUCCUCAGCUAAGAAGAGCCAAGGGGGUGUGGGACACACAGGAAGGGCAGAAACUUGCCUUCCCACCCCCAAAAGUAUUUGUGGGUAAAUCCUGGCUUUUGUAUUCUCUUCUUUGUGUGCCUAUGUAGUAGAAUAUGAGGACAUAUUUCAAAAGAUGGAGGGAAUGUAGAAGCAGAACUCUAUAAUAAUAAAAAAAUAAUAUUAGAAAUAAUUGUUAAGCUGUUCCCAUUGUCUAAACAUAGCUUUACCCUGGAGUUAAAAUAACUGUGUGGGUGACAGUCGCAUAUUCAAUCGUUUUACUUUGACAGUAUGUGCUGGAGGUGAGGUGAAGCUGAAAAUCUUUAUUCUUCUCCUUCCCUGAACAAUAUUUAGACUUAACCGUAUCCACUUCUCAAAAUGUGCUGUUAAUGGAAAGGUGGUAUGCCCUGCAUUCAGUCAGAGUAACGGUCUCUUGAGAGCGUUUGAGAUCCGUUUGCUGGUAAAACUUGCUUAUGAAGGUAGGAAUUUUGUAUCUGUAUUAGCUUUUAAUCACAGUCAAAGACUAUUAAUUUGGAAUAAACAAGCAACAUCCCACCCCCACAAUCUAAAUAAAUAUUGUAGAUGGUUGUGUCCUAAAACACUUACAUUGUGCAGAAUCAAGAUAAUGAUAAUGCACGAUGUAUUAAUAUUUCAGUUAGGAAAAGGGAGUGUAUUGCCUAGUGAAAACACUUAAACCGAUAAAAUGUUCUGAGACUUUGGCAACAGAAAUCUUACUGUAAGGAUCUGAACAUUGCACAAUAUUCUGUUUCUUGGCUUUUGCAGAUGUUUUCAUAGUUUUAAAGAGGUGGUGGUGGGGAAGAUGAUCUUGCAGUCAAAUCUGAUAAAGAAAUGUAUCCAGUAAGCAGAAUUUUAGGUCUUGAUCUGAAAACUGUCUAAGGACCUGAUGGUACUUCAAAAUGGGAUAAUGAAACUAGAUCAAAAGAAUCUUUAAAAUUGCCUGUUGAAAUUUAUCUUUAAAAAUAUUUCAAACAGUCUUAAGUCUUAUCUUCUCUGAGACUCCUUCUGAUUGGAAAACAGAUAUGACACAAAGAUCAAUAUUUGCAUCACUAGGAUCCAUUUUGUAAAUGGACGUCUGUUGCAUGGUUUGUUCCGGCAAGUACAGAACAGGGUGGUUAGCCAAAGCUGAUACUCGUAGUAUCAGCUAACAUGGCUAACUUGGUAGUUAGCCAAAAACGAGCAGUAUUUACCUUAAAAAAGAGUACUUCUAUUCCUUCCAGUGAAGCCGAAAGCUUCCAUUAUAGUAACGCAAGCUUUUGUAAAGAAUCACCUUCCAUGAAGUUUGCCAGCAGGGCAAAUACUUCUUUGAAUGUUUUGGGUGGUCUAAAAUUGCCUCCUCCCUGCAGGACGAGCAGUAUAUGUUGUGGACUGUUAAUGUACAUCACGCUGCUUGACCAGUGUUAACCAAGGGAUGAAAGAACGUGUUCUUUUGGAUGGAUGAAAAUUACUUUAAUUACGUUAGUAAAAUGCUUAAUGCCUUGUCCUAAAGGGUGUCUUAGUGUUUGUGGCAGAGAAAUUCUGAGGAGUGAUUGCAGUUUGGUGGUAAGUGAACAGGUCGCUCCUUUCAGCUCAGUAGCACUUGCUCACAGUGGUAGAAGAGGAAUAUAGAAGCAGUAUUUAAAAUACCUAUGAAUUGACAAGUAUGUUUUCCUACAUGUAGUGAGAGAGUGAAAGUUUGAUAAAUAUGGGGAGUUUGAUAAAGAUCUGGGAGAACUAGAUUGUUUUAUGCAGUGCGCUUUAAAUUCUUUACAUUUUACUCUCCUUGAUAGGUUUUAUAUUACCACUGUGAUAGGGAGUAAAAAACCAAAAAGACUGUGUUUUUGAGUAGAACUUCCAAUAAGCCAUGUAGCUGUUUUCCUGGAGGAAAAGGAUCCAUAGAAACUUAAAGCAUUGUGAAGAAGCAAGUUCGGUGUGUGAGCUUUAAGCAGGAAUAACCUGCGUGUUGUUGCAUAAUCCUCUUAGGUGAUGCGAGCUGCAUCUGUGGUCCAACAGCUGAGCAUCUGCCAGAAAGUGUAGUUUGUGACUGCAAUCUGGUAUUCACAAAUUUUGGUAACGAGCAAAUACACGAUUUCAGUUGUGUAGGCUUUUCAUAAAUAUUUCCCAUUUUCAGUGCAGUUUUUCUGAGGUGCUAAAAACUUCUCUAAAAGGUAUUUUUGACAAACGUUUCUAAAGAAAUUUGCGAUGAUGGCAAUUUCAGUUAAAGAAAAAAAUCCAAACUACAGACUUGCUGUCCAGCUCAGCCCAAGGCUGAUAGCAGUUGUUGUAAAGUUGACUGUGGAAAAUUAAAUAGGGAAACCAAUGGAAAGAGUUCCUCAUAUAGUGGCUAUGGUGCCCUUGCUGGUAUUUAAGAUGUAGAAAAUAAAGCAUAAUAUUUAAUGUCAAGUAACGAUGUCAGAACUUUUGCAGCUAAGUAGCUAUUCCAUCUGCAAUGUAUUAAAGGAUUUUCUUAGAUACAACCAAAAUUAGUUUUUCCUUUGUGGCUGAUGAGUUUAUAGGAAUAUUUAGGUGUCAAUUAUGAAGAAUGAACUCUUAGCAACACAAUCAUUAAGCAACAACGCUUGGAGUGAUCAGUGUCUCAAGCUGCUGGUUUCACGGAUACCUCCUUAGGGUUGUCACUUCACUCGGUUGCCUUGUCUUCAAGGAGUCUGGUGGGGUUGUCCCACCAGUUCUCAACCGUAAUGUGGUGACACUGACCACAGUCAUGUUCUAGACAGCUUUGCAGCUGUGUAAAUUGGAAGAGGAACUCUAAUCUAGAGUCAGCCAGCUUACAGUCCCUGCAAAGAAAAAAAGAUGUAAUAGCUUAGAAGUUGAAAACUAGCCUUUGAUUGGGGUUUGUGUAAAGUUGUCAUUUUAUGUAGAACCAUUGCAGUUAAUCUAAUCUGGAGAAAUUACUGCUUCCUCUCCAGAUCUUUAUAUUUUUGUAGAAAGAACAAUUGGCUUCAAAAGUGACUGGCCAGGUACCGAUGAUAAUACUUGUCUUAAGGUACGUUUUACAGUAAUUGCUUCAAAGAUAGUUUGGGGUUUUUUUCUCUUUGAAAUCUGUCUGGGUAAGUUUUAUAGUAUGCUCAUCUCAGCUGUUACGACCAGUGUUUCUCAGAAAUAAUUCUGAAUGGGGUAGGUAAUGCGUCUUUAUCAGCAGUAACACUCAAAUUGUAUAGAAAAAUUGUACAAGAAGAUUUUGAAAGAUCCUUGAUAGAAGAAGAGAAGAAAAGAGAAAAAAAAAAAAACCAAAACCAACGUAGAUAGAACUUAGUCAUCACUAAAACUCAGUAGGACUACCUGUCAGCCAUUUAGUUUCUGUAUCUGUUAGCACACAGUGAUAGAAACAGGCUUUUAAGAAAUGCAUUCUGAUGACAUUGUGCAAUGAACUAUUCAAGUAAAAAAAAAAAAAAAGAAAAAUUACCCACAUUUAGCUAACUGGCCUGUUGCAUAUUGCUUCAAGGUGUGAACCUGAAAAUGUUUUCAUGGUGUAGAUUACAUGUCAAAAAGUGGGAGAUGGGACAUAUGAUAACAUUGCCACCUGUUUGGCCAUCUUACCACAUGCCUGUUGCAGCUUAUCCAAGUCAUUAUUUGUAUUAGGAAAAUAUUGUUGUGUCUUCUGUUGUUUAACUGCUGUGGAGGAAAAACCCUGUGCAUGAUGUGACCAAUACUUCAUGAAUUAUGGGCGGGCGCUCUGCAAGCCAUAAUAAUGAACUAUCCUUUAAAGUCAUCAGGGAAUUAAUUUUGGUUUUUUUGCCAUUUUGCAGCUCCUGAAGGAGUUGCACAGCUGGCAGAGCAUAUUGCCUGUCACCAUGCCAGAUGUGGCGUUUGAAAGCCUGCCAGAUUGCUGUGUGCUGCUGCGCGAGCUACAGCUCAGCAGCGUGUGACAGUAGGAAGACAGUAAGCGUUUUAUUUUUUGUCCUUUGUAAGAUCACAUGAGUUAAUACUGCAUUUAUAAUGAGCCCAACCUGUUUUCUGAACCUACCAGGUGCUUGUGUUGCAUUACCUGGGUAGGUUAGCCCCCUUGCUGCCGGAAUCUAUAGAGGAAUACAUCUCUUGAUGUAGUCUGGUAAAAUUUCUAUUAGUAUCAGGGUUCGGAGUCACUCUGUAUAGCCUGCUUUUCAUGUUUUAUGUAAUUUUAUUAUGCUUUGGUAUUUCUUUCAUAAUCUCUCUGAUUUUACUAAUGCACAAUAUUGCAAAUGCAGUGUAAAACUAGUCAACUGACUUUAAAUCAUUUGUGUAUCUCUAAACCUCUUAUGCUGAUUAAAAGUGUUAAGGCUAUUAGUAUUUUUUAUGUAACUGGGUCUAAAUUUAGUUUCUGUUGCAGUCAAAAACCACUCUGGUGUUGCAAACCAUGCUCCUAGUCUGCUUCCUCUCGGAGAUGAUGGCAACAGUUCUUCAGCACAGCUUUUGCGUUUCUGUGUAUUGAUGACUUGAAUAGUCAACAUCGUGUUUAUCAUAGAAAUUCACUAGCGACUUUUCUGUUCUGAUUUCUCUUCCAGAAGUGUCAAAAUACUACUUUUGUUAUUGUGUGAAAUAGGGUUUUAAUUAACUUUUGGGCAUUGUUUUCAUUAAUUCUUGACUUUUAAAAGUGUGAUUUGAGUAUCCCGUAGACUGCUGCUCUGUUGAUUGUUAGGGAGGGGACUGUUGGUAUUUUGCCUUAUGUUAAAUUGUCUCUGGAGAGGCAAAAACAAAAAAAGUAAACUGGAAAAAGUAGAAAUCAUGUACGUAGUCCAUACCUUCCAAACUGAAUAGCUAUAAAAUACCUGCACGACAGCCUCCUCCUGCAAAACUGCACCUGUUUGUCUGUUCUUGUUCAUUCCAUGUAGCCUGUUCUUAUGUUUUAAAAACUUAAUUAUUAUAAAGAAGUCAUAAAGUUAUGCCAUUCAUGCCAUCA